AUGGAUGUUGAAGAGCACGAUUUUGGCGAAAAGUCUGAAAACUUGGGGAUGAAUAAACAAUUCAACGAUUUGGUAAAGAAGGCUUUGGGGGUUAAUGGGUCGUUAGUGGGGGAUAUUUUGCAUGAAGAUGUGAUGAGCAAGUUUUGGUUUCAAGGGCUGGUCAGCAACCUCUUUGCCCAUUUUCCAAACUUUCUGGUUGAACUAAUAUUUGAGAAAGAGGGAGACUUACAGCUAUUGAGGAGCGUGAGCCAAAGCAGAUUUGAAGGUGGGCAAAGAGGUUGCUGGGGAGAUGAAUAUUCUGGUUGUAGUAACGUGGACUUUGAACAAAUAGUGGAUUGUACUAGUGAAUUUACCACGAAUGAGAUAUUUAACAGUAUAGAAGAAUUAAUACGAUGGGCUCGUGAAGUUGGAAGGGCGAAUGGUUUUGUUAUUGUGACCUUAAGAUCUGAUCAAGGUGGAAAAGGAAAUAAGAAGCCAAGAGUUACUUUGGGUUGUGAGAGGUAUAGAGAAUAUAGAAAGCAAAUUCCCAAAAAAGAUAUAAAAGAUGAGGAUAGAAGACAUGCAGGAUCGAAAAAGUGUGGAUGCCCUUUUCAAUUAAAGGGUAAAAAGCUAGAAAUAGAUGAUCAUUAG